AUGGUAGAAAAGCUGGACACGCUGGUUCCGGGUGGAAGGCAGCGUCGAAGCGAUGAAAAGUUACCAUGGGAAUUCUACAUGAAUGCCAUCUUGACUGAAUCACCAUCCUUCAUCUCGCCAGCUGUAGAGGUGCUGGAGUAUCUCAUUCAGCCGCUGGCAACCUUCUCAAAUUCUCUUGAAGCAUCAAGAAUGUGGGAGUACUACGCUUCAGGAAUUCUGCAGAGCGCAGGCCUUGCUCCCAAGUACAUCGAUGAGGUAGCCAGGUGUUUGGCACGCGUUGGCAUAUUCGACAUUUACGAGAAAGAUCGUUUGAAUUCUGCGCUUCUACCGAUCGCUGAAGCCUGUUCGAAUGAGUGGCUGGUAGACCCCAGAGCCAUCGAGUACUUUCCUCUCACGGACGACACGCUGUCUUUCUUGUUGAAGGCCACAACCUACUGGAACAGCUUCCAAGAGUCACUUUAUGCCGUUGAACUUCUGAAAGUAUCUUCCACUCUCAACUACAGCAUGACAGUAGAUCGGUUGAAGCAUCAUGCCGAGCAAGUUGGUGCAGACUCGUCGGCAUUAUUUGCGUUGGCUGUGAAUAGAAAGUGGCAACAUAUGACGGCCUUGCAUUGGGCGGCAAUGCAGAACAAAGUGUUCUUUGUUCAGCUCUUAGUCGACAAUAGCGCCGAUCUCGAGGCCAAAGACAAUUGUGGUCGCACCCCCCUCCUCCUCGUCACAACGGCGCCUGCUACGGUCGACAAUUCAGUUGUUAUUCAAAUUCUUCUCCAGGCUGGCAGCAACAUCAACUGUCGCAACAACACUGGCGCUACACCAAUGGCCCAGGCAUGUGAGAGGGGGAACUCUCUUGCCAUUUCAGCUCUAAUGGACUGGGACCCAGAUAUGUUGGUCAAAGAUCACAAAGGGCGCAAUGUGUUGCACUAUCUCUUCUGCAGCAGAGAGACUAAUGAAAGAGAUAGCUGUAGGCCCGCACUCUUCAUCAAGUUCACUCAAAUGGGUGUCAAGCCAAGCGAAGUCGACAUGUUUGGCUGCUCUGCCCUUCAUCUGAGUAUGCAUAACAAAUGUAUGACAGCCUUGUUGCUGAAUGGAAAUGCCCAGAUUCAGGACGAAAGGCCUAUUCCGUGGUCAAGUUUGUUUUUAAACCCGGAUGCUGUCAACGCAGCAUGCCUGAUAACGGCCUUUCGGCUGUACCGUCGAAAACUAUCAACUCAAAAGUUCCGUACGCUGCUGAAUCUUGAGGUCGUCGGUCCUCGGAAUCCCCUUUGCUUCGCUGCAGCCAGAGGGCAAAUACAAGCCAUGGAAAACAUUUUGUCUUUGGGAAGUCUGAUAGACUUUGAAGGCUGUUUUGAGGGGUCCGCACUCAUGGCAGCAUCCAGCGCAGGAACUUUAGAAUCCGUCAUCUAUCUCGUUCGCCAUGGCGCGAGCAUCUCCUUCCAAGGAAACAACCACUUUCGGUCUGCAGUGAAGCUGGCCGCUACUUCACCGCGGGUCCUUCGCUGGUUGCUCGUAGAUCGAUUCACCGACCAGAAGAAGCUCGACCAGUUUUGCCACGAAUCAACCUCCCUAUCGACAUGUUAUAAGCCGUGGAGCGGGAUUCACAAAGCCGAGAUGGUCAUAUCAGGACGAUGGGAGCGGCAGCCACAUGAGUCUUCUCAGCAAUACUGGGCACGUCUAUCGAACAUGACAGAGGAUUUUAGGGGCAAGUUCCUUCCUCCCAACAGCGGGAAGACAACGCGGAGACAGUCGAAGCUAGUCCCGUCAGAAAGUGUCAAGAUUGCAGCCGACGGAUAUUUUGUUCCGUACGAUGCCUCGGUAGGAGAACGCGUGACGAGGAAGAGCAAGUGGUCGGAGUUGGGCUUGGAGGUUCGAGAGUGUCUGGAGCGUUUCUGCUUAUGA